ACUCCAGGCUGUUUCUGGUCGUUUUUUUUUACUCCUGCCACUUUUUUACUUUCUAUGAGCUAAAUUUUCACUGCAGUAUAAAGUCCAGCACCUCUACGGAAAUAACACAACCAUGUCUAGAAGCUGAGCGAAUUUGAAAAUAUCCUUUGUACAGUAUGAGACGGUUCCAAUGCCACAAAUCAUUAAAAAAAUUAAGUUAAAAUUUUUUAAAUUUAUUUUUGAAAAUUUGAAAAAACAUGUCAACACGUAGAGCAUGUUUCCAAGGCCGGCUGGUAUUACUAGGGAAAAAAUGUGACUUUACAUACUGUAGAUAUUUAACUACUUGCAUUUCAGUGUUUCCAUACUUGUCUUUUAUCUGCUCUGUGUAAACGCUGCCUGCAGUUCAUCUGAAAAAUACCUGAAGACAUUUUUUACAAAGUGCAGUCGGAGCAAAUGGUUCGUUUUUGGCUCAUUUUAAAUGAGACAUCUCGAAUAAAGGGAUUUUGAUUAACUGUCCUCACUUUAAGCGUAGAUUUGGUUAAUUUUCUUGAAGACACAGCACACCCGAGAUUAAUUGGUUCAAGGACUGUAAGAAAAUUGGAAGUCUGGUGAUUUUUCCUGUUUUUACAGUUUCUGCCUGAUUAAUGGCACCAUUUAGUUUUUUUUUUUUUGUAGUUCAGAAGGUAAAUGGAUUCAGAAAACGAUACUUCAAAUCUUGUGAGGCCUGUGUUUCUGUAUAAUGAUGGAAAAAUAAUGUUCAGUCAGACCACACCCUCUUUAUGAAGGAGGGAAUACUCUCAUCGCCACAGUCUCCCGAAACCAGGAACAAAGUUUUAGGUAAACAUCUGAUAAGGUCAGUUCCAUGUUGACGCGUAGCUACAUAACAAUACCCAGUAGCACCAGCGCUGCCAUUUCAUGACUUAGUUUGAGCGGGACAUCAUAAAAUGGCUGCCUCAAUGAUUCAGUUAAUAGGAUUCAUGUUGUCUGCAUUGGGCCAAUUUUUAAUAUCAGCUGCGACUGCCAUGGACAUGUGGAGCUUGCAGGACCGAUCCUUUACUGUUGUAACAAAUGUUUACACCUAUUCUGGUUUGUGGAAGUCAUGCGUAGGGACUUCGUACGGCACCACAACAUGUAGGCCUUAUUUUACCAUACUGGGACUGCCAGCUCUGCUCCAGGCCGUCCGGGCCUUGAUGAUCGUCGGCAUUGUUCUCGGAGCUAUCGCCUGUUUCAUCGCCAUAUUCGCGCUGAAGUGCUUGAAAAUGGGAAACAUGGAGGACAACAUCAAGGCCACGAUGACCCUGACAGCCGGGAUCAUGUUCGUCCUCGCAGGUGUCUGUGGCAUCGCUGGAGUGUCAGCAUUUGCUAACUUGAUUGUGCAAAGUUUUCGGUUCACAACGUACGCCGAUGGUGGAUUUAACACGUAUGGAACAGCCAACGUUGGUGGACUAACAGGAGCUCUGACUCCGAGGUAUACGUUUGGCCCUGCUCUCUUCGUGGGUUGGAUCGGUGCAGCUAUCUUGCUUAUUGGAGGCAUCAUGAUGUGCCUGGCCUGCCGUGGAAUGGUUCCAGAGAGAAAGCAACGGUACGAUGGGAUGGCCUACAAGGCUGCUUCUCAGCACACGAUGUACAAGUCUGACACCAGAUCCCGGCCCGUCUACAACGACUCCUACAAAGCUCAGAGUGUGGAUGGAAGGCAGUCGAACCAGAGGUUUGACUACGUGUAGAAACACAUCAGCCUUGUAAUUACCUGUUUUAUAUUCCACAGUUCUAAGAUGACUUUCUCAUAGACCUAAUGCAAAAGAUGGAUGUGGUCUCUGGGUCUGAAAAGUAAAUCCAAUGUUAAAGUGACUUAAACCUGCAUUUCUUCUAACCGCCAACAGGAGGCGACUCCUCUGGUGGCAAAAAGAAAUCUGAUUGUAUAGAAGUCUAUGACAAAAUAAGUGUACUCCUCAUGUCGCCUGCCACUUUAGUAAACAUUUUAUUGAUCAGUUUAUGGUCUGAAUCUCAGUUUCAGAUCACUUUCAAAACAGCACAAUGUUCGUUUCAUAAAUUAUGGUCCAAUUUAAAGCAAAAUAGACGAUAAAUCAGGACAUGUUCUAGAGCAGCAAUGACCAAAAUCCAGUCUUCAAAGAUGACAUCGCAGUGGCUACAUCCAUGUUUAUAUGCAGUCUGUGGUUUUUCUCAUUUUUUUAAGCAAAGAUUCAUUGGAAGUGCAGUUAUUUUUUAUUUCUCUCUACUUUCAUUUCAUAGAAAAUUUAAGUUCUAAUUGUGUUGUUAAAUAGCACAGUGUAAUCACAAUUAUAAAAUACUGUUCUGUAAUUUGUGCUGUGCUGUCUGUGUGUCAAAUAAAAUGUCAUUCUUA